GGCACCGAACCUCGGGGGCUCCGGGGGGCUCCGGGGCGGCUCCGAGCUCCUCCAGGCCCGGGGAGCGGGCACACCCCGAGGUGCAGCCCUGCGAAACCGCUGGGCCGCUUCCCCGCGCUCCCCGGCCCGCUCUGGGCUCAGGGCCCCGUCCCCCUCGCCUUGAGCUGUCCGUCCGCAGGGUGACCAUGAAGGUGGUGAACCUGAAGCAGGCCAUCCUGCAGGCCUGGAAGGAGCGCUGGAGCGACUAUCAAUGGGCCAUAAACAUGAAGCGGUUCUUCCCCCGCGGAGCCACCUGGGACAUCCUCAACUUGGCAGAGGCUCUGCUGGAGCAGGCCAUGAUUGGGCCGUCCCCAAACCCACUCAUCUUGUCCUACCUGAAAUACGCCAUCAGCUCCCAGAUGGUGUCCUAUUCCACGGUGCUGAUGGCCAUCAGCAAGUUCGAUGACUUCUCCCGGGAUUUGUGUGUCCAGUCGCUCUUGGAGAUCAUGGACAUGUUCUGUGACCGCCUCAGCUGCCAUGGCAAGGCUGAGGAGUGCAUCAGCCUGUGCAGGGCACUGCUCAGUGCCCUCACCUGGCUCCUGCGCUGCGCCACCUUCUACGCCGAGAAGGUGAAGGAUCCUCUGGAGCAGGCAGCAGCAGAGAACCAGCUGAAGAUGUGCCUGGAGAGGCUGGAGAAGGUGCUCAGCAGCACCAAGAACCGUGCCCUGAUCCACAUUGCCAAGCUGGAGGAGACCUCCUCCUGGAGCACCGUGGAGCAGUCCCUGCUCAAGCUGGGAGAGAACCUGAACAACCUUGGCAGCUCCCCGCUGCGGAGCCAGGCUGAUGACUGCGUGUCCCUCAUCAAGAGCAUCCCCACCAUGCUCUCAGUCCACUCAGAGCAGCUGAACAAGACAGGCUUCCCCACCGUGCACGCCGUGGUGCUGCUGGAGGGCACCAUGAACCUCACAGGAGAGACCCAGCCCCUGGUGGAGCAGCUGAUGAUGGUGAAGAGGAUGCAGCGCAUCCCCUCCCCUCUCUUCGUGCUGGAGAUCUGGAAGGCCUGUUUUGUGGGCCUCAUCGAGUGUCCUGAGGGCACAGAGGAGCUCAAGUGGACAGCCUUCACCUUCCUGAAGAUGCCCCAAGUGCUGGUUAAACUCAAGAAGUAUCCCCAAGGAGACAAGGAUUUCACUGAGGAUGUCAACUGUGCCUUUGAGUUCCUGCUGAAGCUGACCCCUCUGCUCGACAAAGCCGACCAGCGCUGCAACUGCAACUGCAUGAGCCUGCUCCUGCAGGAGUGCAGCAAGCAGGGGCUGCUCUCCGAGGCCAACAUGAACAACCUCAUUGACAAACGGGCCGCAGACAAGGAAAACUCUCCGUCCCUGAAAUCGGCCGAGAACGCCAACAUCCAGCCCAACCCUGGGCUCAUCCUGAGGGCUGAGCCCACUGUCACCAACAUCCUGAAGACCAUGGAUGCAGAUCACUCCAAGUCCCCUGAGGGCCUGCUGGGGGUCCUGGGUCACAUGCUGUCUGGGAAGAGCCUGGACUUGCUGCUGGCAGCAGCAGCAGCCACUGGGAAGCUGAAAUCCUUCGCUCGGAAGUUUGUCAAGCUGAAUGAAUUCACCAAGCAAAUCACCGGGGAAAUCUCCAAGAGUGGCCCAGUCCGGGCUCUGCUCUUUGACAUCUCCUUCCUCAUGCUGUGCCAUGUGGCCCAGACCUAUGGCUCAGAGGUGAUCCUGUCGGAUUCCAACCCUCCAGGGGAGGUGCCCUUCUUUGAGACCUGGAUGCUGACCUGCAUGCCCGAGGAGGGGAAGAUCCUCAACCCCGACCACCCCUGCUUCCGCCCGGAUUCCACCAAGGUGGAGUCCCUGGUUGCCCUCCUCAACAACUCCUCUGAGAUGAAGCUGGUGCAGAUGAAGUGGCACGAGGUGUGUCUGAGCAUCUCAGCUGCCAUUCUGGAGAUCCUCAAUGCCUGGGAGAAUGGAGUCCUCAGCACGGAGUCGAUCCAGAAAAUCACAGAGAACAUCAAGGGCAAGGUGUGCAGCAUGGCAGUGUGUGCAGUGGCCUGGCUGGUGGCCCACGUCCGCAUGCUGGGCCUGGACGAGCGCGAGAAAUCCCUGCAGAUGAUCCGGCAGCUGGCGACGCCUCUGUACGGGGAGAACACGCUGCAGUUCUACAACGAGCGCGUGGUGAUCAUGAGCUCCAUCCUGGAGCACAUGUGUGCGGACGUCCUGCAGCAAACGGCCACACAGAUCAAAUUCCCCUCCACUGGCAUGGACACCAUUCCCUACUGGAACCUUCUGCCCCCCAAGAAGCCCAUCAAGGAGGUUCUGACCAGCGUGUUCACCAAGGUGCUGGAGAAGGGCUGGGUGGACAGCCGCUCCAUCCACAUCUUCGACACCCUGCUGCACAUGGGGGGGGUCUACUGGUUCUGCAACAACCUGGUCAAGGAGCUGCUGAAGGAGACAAGGAAGGAGCACACGCUGAGGGCUGUGGAGCUGCUCUAUGCCAUCUUCUGCCUGGACAUGCACCAGCUGACCCUGACACUGCUGGGCCACAUCCUGCCCAACCUGCUGACAGACUCCUCCAAGUGGCACACCCUCAUGGACCCACCUGGGAAGGCCCUGGCCAAGCUCUCUGUUUGGUGUGCCCUGAGCUCCUACUCCUCCCACAGCAAGGUCCAGGCCUCAGCCCGGCAGAAGAAGAGGCACAGGGAGGACAUUGAGGAUUACAUCAGCCUGUUCCCACUGGAUGACACCCAGCCCUCCAAGCUCAUGAGGCUGCUGAGCUCCAACGAGGAGGAUUCCAACAUCCUCUCCAGCCCCAAUCGUUCCAUGAGCAGCUCACUCUCUGCCUCCCAGCUGCACACUGUCAGCAUGAGGGACCCUCUGAACCGGGUGCUGGCAAACCUCUUCCUGCUCAUCUCUUCCAUCCUGGGGGCCAAGACAGCUGGCACCCACACCCAGUUUGUGCAGUGGUUCAUGGAGGAGUGUGUGGAGUGCCUGGAGCAGGGCAGCCGUGGCAGCAUCCUCCAGUUCAUGCCCUUCACCAUGGUUUCAGAGCUGGUGAAGGUGUCCACCAUGUCCAGUCCCAAAAUUGUCCUGGCCAUCACUGACCUCAGCCUGCCCCUGGGCCGCCGCGUGGCCGCCAAGGCCAUCGCUGCCCUGUGAGCUGGGCUGCUCCAGCAGGGGGGA